UUGACUACCGGCAGCACUGCUAAGCGACGCGCAGUCCGCACCAGCUGUCAUAUUUAUUUAUUAAAUUACAAUUUUGUCAACUUGCGGGUUUUGUACCGUAAGAAGAUAAUUAUUUGAUUUAGUUCAAUUGUAACUAUAACAAUAAACGCAUGAUUAUAUCGUCAUUCAUCUUUGUUUUCAAGGCGCAAUGUAACAAGCGUCAGACAUGGACCAACAGUUCUCAUUGUCUUGGAACAAUUUUCACGGAAACUUAACGAAGGGAUUCGCCGGCUUAUUGGGCAACAGCGAGUUCGUCGAUGUUACAAUAGCAGUUGAAGGGCAUUUACUACAAGCCCAUAAAGUGAUAUUAUCAAUAUGUUCGCCGUAUUUCAAGAAAAUGUUCCUAAUGAAUCCGUGUCAACAUCCAAUAAUUGUUUUAAGAGAUGUCACUCACAAAGCAAUGAGAGAUUUACUACAAUUUAUGUACCAUGGUGAAGUUAGCGUAAAAAGAGAAGAUCUCACUAGUUUUAUAGGUACAGCAGAGGUUUUGCAGAUCAAAGGAUUAACAAACAAAGAGACUGAAGAAGAAGAGAUUGAAAAGGAACAAAAUUUAUCCAAACAAACAUUGGAGGCUCAAAAUAUUCUAGAAACUGACUCACACAAUACAGAAAACUAUGAUCAUUCUGAUGAAACAACUAACAGUGAACUUAUUCUGCUCAAACAAAGACAGUUUAUAGAAAAAUUGCAAAGACUAAGUAACUUGAAAAGGAAAUCUGAAGAUUACCUACAAAAUAAUUAUUUUGACGUUGCUAACUCUGAAAAGAGGCCAAAAAUAAAAGAGAAAACUUACAAUAAACAUAACCAUACAGCGUUACAUAGUAACAAUUUUGAUAAAAUAAAAAAUAUUUAUGAUGAAAAUCCAGUUGAUAUCACAACUUCUUAUAAUACUCAUGUUCAGAAGAAUAAUAAUGAGAUAAAUGAAAAAAUUAAGGAACAACUUUCACCUGAACAUAGGUUAGAAUUGAAAACUGAAUGUGACGAUGGAGACAUAGUUGUGACUGAUCCAGCAGCUUGUACAACUCCAAAAAAUUAUGAUGUUGCCAGAGAUAUGUCUAAAGAUACGGUGCCAAUAGACUAUCCAUCACCACAAGACAAUACGGGUUUAAGUUCGUUGUUCAUGGAUCUUAAAAAUUUAGUGAAUGGAAAGGUGACUAAUAUGUUGAGAAGUGGUGUAAGUGAAGAAUAUCCAAGAAAUUUGACUGUGGAACAUCGUCUUGUCACAAUACCACAGAAAGAGGAUGGCAAAAAGAAAUAUCCACAAAGAUCUUGCCGUCUUUGUUGGAAAAUUGGAAAACGAAGGGAUACGCGUUUUAUGUGUGGAGCUUGCGAAUUACCAUUUUGCAAGUCACCAUGUUUUGAAAUACAUUUUAAUGAUGUACUCAAAGUAUCUCAGUUGCAAGGAGACUAUUAUGCUACUUAGUUUAGAGUUUGUUAGCAACUAUAAUUCCUCUAAAGAGGCCAGACAGGUUUAUAAGAUAUUUGCGGGCAAAUUCGAAUUAAAUUUUGAAUCAUAGAUUCAAUACCAGUAUUGGGACCAAAAGGGCAAGAUCAAAAUUUAUGAGUUACAUAUUUUGCUACAUUAGGUUUACUUUAGGAUUAGUAUACAAAAUAUCACAUAUAAAUGAAGGAGUAAUAAAGGUAUCAUGUUGCACAAUAAAAAGUAAUCCACUGUGAUAAGGACUGCUCUCAAGUGCCAAUUACAUGAAAAAAAAUAUUUUUAAAAAGUUCAUAAAUCAAAAUGUUGAAAAUUUUCCUCAUUUGACUAGUGCCAUGAGUUUUACUGCCAUAUCGUUUAUGAACACUUUAUUGCUCAUAUUCUAGUCUAUUUAUUGUAAGCUUUUACUGUGUAUGUUCCAGUGUGCUUUAUACUAUUAUCACGAUUUGACUUAUUUGUAAUUGAUCUCUAUAAGAGUUUAAGGAUUGAUAAUUUGGGUGAUUUAAAAAUGAGAUUUACAUUCCUAUAAAAUUUGAGUGAUCUUUUUUGUAAUUUAGUACUCUAAAAGACAUUAAAUUGAUAUUAAAUUGAAAUGUGUGAUGUUACUUAAGCGUGUUUUACUGCAACUGAAUGUAUUUUUUUAUAUCCAUAUUUGAAUUAAAAUAAACGUGUUUAACGAAUGAAUAGCCUGCUUUUAUUUGAACAGAGAAUACGACAAAUAAACUUAUUAAAGUACAAAAACUGUAACUCAUUCAUAAAUAAUCGGAACAUAGGUAAAAUAAACGGUCUAUUUAUUCUUAAAAAAAUUUGAUUGCAGGUGCCCUGUCAUUGGUCGUGAACGGAUCUAGUGAAAACCAACUGUUACCUGUGCGGUAUAAAUACAUUUACAGUAGGAAAGGUCACAAACAAUUGGUGCAUAUGAACUUUGUAUAUACGAAACAUUCUACGACACAUGGAAAAACUUCGUGGCGAUGCGUUCAGUACUUCUCAUUAAAUAGGUGUCCCGCUACGGUGGAAACUAUAGAUUCUAUGAUAUAUGCGGUGAACCAUCAACAUAAUCAUGAGGACUGCAUCGAGAAACUAUCUAGAAACAAUGUUUAUGAAAUGAAUGUUUCGCCAAAACAAGAAUGAAUCUCUGUACAUAGUACUAAGUUAAGAUAAAUGUAAAGUUCCUAUGAAAUAUAAUUUGUCGAAUGUAUUAAUUAAUUCAGCUAAUUACAAUAGUUUUUGUACGUAACCUUUAGGUUCAUCUAGUCAGAAAACACCUAAAUUAAAAAUAAUAUUCAUUAUAUAAUAUCUUAAAAAUAAGUAAAUAUAUGAUUAAUAUAAAAAAACACCAAUAAUUGAAAAA